UGCCACUAGAAAACACCUACCGCUUAGCAGAUAUAUUGGAGCUCGUACCGCCUGUUAGAUUCUGCAACAAAUGAACAUCAUCUGCUCUUCUCUAUCUCUUUCUCUCCUUUACAAAUAUAUUCAUGGUUUCUGAAGGAAUCAACCAUCUACCUGACCAUGGGAAAGAACACCGCUACCUCGUGGUUGUCGAUGGUGAAAAAGGCUUUCAGGUCUCCGGCUAAAGAUAAUGAGAAAAUGAGUAGCAGAAGACGUGAAGAAUGUGGGCAGGAAGAGGAAGAAAAGAAGAGGGAGAAAAGGAGAUGGCUCUUUAGAAGACCUAGUAAUAUUAAUCAUGUUCAACAAUGUGGAGCAAAGACACCGACAGAAGCUUCUGCAGAGAGCACAGUACCUGUGAAUGCGUCAUUGGACUUUGCAGAGACACGUCAUGCGAUUGCCGUUGCAGCAGCUGAAGCUGCAGUGGCAACAGCUCAAGCGGCGGUUGAGAUCGUUAGGCUUAGUUCUAGACCUUCAAAUUAUGCCAACGUUAGAGAACACUAUGCCGCUGUUGUCAUUCAAACAGCAUUCAGAGGUUACCUAGCAAGGAGAGCAUUGCGUGCACUGAAGGGGCUAGUGAAGCUUCAAGCUUUAGUGAGAGGACACAACGUCAGAAGGCAAACAAAGUUGGCACUAAAAUGCAUGCAAUCUUUGGUUAGAGUACAAGAUAGAGUGCUCGAUCAACAACGUGCAAGGCUUUCACAUGAAGGGUACAGAAAGUCUAUGUUUGAUGAAACCAAUGCGUUGUGGGAGUCUAGAUAUCUUCAAGAUAUUCGUAGGCGGAAGUCCAUGUCCCGAGAUAUGAGCUGUACAACAGAUGAGUGGGAAGACAUGCCACAGACAAGUGAAGAGAUCGAAGUAUUGUUGCAGAACAGGAGGGAAGCUGCAUUGAAACGUGAGAAGGCACUUGCUUAUGCUUUCUCUAACCAGAUAUGGAGAUCGAGAAGGAACCCAUCCGGCGAAGAUGAAAAGGAGGUUGAAGAAAGAACGAAAUGGCUUGAUCGGUGGAUGGCUACAAAGCAAUGGGAGAGCAACAACAGGGCAUCAACCGAUAAAAGAGACUCUAUAAAGACUGUAGAAAUAGAUAGUUAUAAGCUCCAAUCCUACUCUUCUCAACAUCAUAGACAAUUUUCCACUUCACACUCGGUCGUUCCCCAAAUGGAAAGAGAACCCCACGGUUUCUGUCUCAAUCAAUUUCCACCGACACCACCCCCUUGCAAGACAAAGCCUUUGCAAGUACGUUCAUCCAGCCCUCGGUGCUUGAAAGAAGAGAAAUGCUACAGCUCAGCAGCAAACACCCCUAGUUUGGCUUCCACAUAUUGCACAACAAAUGGAAUAUAUCGGUAUGGAAACGCAGCUGCCACCACGGUGCCGAAUUAUAUGGCUGCCACGGAGUCUGCAAAGGCUAAGGUGCGAUCCCAGAGUACACCAAGGCAAAGGCCAUCGACACCAGAGAGGGAACGAGGUGGUUCUUUAGCUAAGAAGAGACUCUCAUAUCCAGCUCCUGAAAACCAUGUUGGCAGUAGCUUUAGCCAGAACUUGAGAAGCCCUAGCUUCAAGAGUGCAUUUGAGGGUCACUACGGGAUGGAGAAAGAAUCACUAUACUGUUCCUAUACAGAAAGUUUUGGGGGUGAAGUUUCUCCAUGUUCAACUACCGAUCUAAGGUGGUUGAAAUGAGACAUGAUUAUUGUCUACGUCUUCAUUCUUUGCACGUUGUUCGACUGAUUUGAAAUUAAAAUGC